AUGAGCAAUAUAUUACACGCAUCAAACAUGGAAGGAACGUCAAUGAUGACGGUUACCUCACAUAGUUCGGAAGACUCCAGUCGCAUAUCAAGCCACGACCAGGAUACCGACGCUCAUAACGAUAGUAACAUAAGUGGUGCGGAAAACCAUAAAAUGUCAAAAAGAAAAUGGAUGAAGGAAUUCUUUAAGCUCUCUAAAUCUCCCAAUGCAAAAAGCAAUCAGAGUCUAAGUUCCAUGAAAAGCAAUCAAAGUUUGGUUUCAAUGAAAAGCAGUGAUAAUGGGGAUGUUUCUGCCAAUGAUUAUUCAUUUAUUUGCAACAGCGGCCUUCAAUCUGGUGGGUUGAGUCGUUCCAAUAAUAUCAAGGAACCGCAGAGAGACCCAGCGGGAAGCCAAAGAUCAAAAAACAAUGCCCUUUCCUUACCAACACAGACAACUUCUUCGUCCACCUCCUCUUCUUCUUCUUCUUCUUCUUCUUAUGAUUCUGUAAGAAGGACUGAUAAUAGCGUUAGAAUGCAAAAGAAUAAACACUCCAGAUUCAACAAGGAAUUACCCCGCAGCAGGGAAAGCUCAAAUAUGAAUUCUGGAUCUAUCAUCAGUCAAUACAAUGUCGAUACUCAGGCAACCGCUAUAAUGAGCGAUAUGCAAAAACAAUAUGAGUCGCAGCAACUACCUUCGUUGUUUAUAAACGAGACUUUACUGAUUGAUCCAAAUGGUAAAGUUUCAGAGGUUAUAAAGUUGAUAUUUGAAGAAGUCGGCUACAAAUUUGAUGAUUUUAGUGAUAUUUCCGUUUUCCAACUGAUGCAAGAAAUGUAUCAAUUAAUUAAGAAGGAUUCUAGUAAUAAAAAGUCAAAAUUAACAACUUUUGCCUCCAAAGUAAAAGAAAAAGAAAUGCAAGUGAAAACCCAAAACGAUAAAAUUAUUAAACUAGAAACCACAAACAAAGCUUAUAAGACUAAAUACAAGGAAUUAUCUUUAGAAAAUAGAAAAAUGAAAGAGGCAUUUAAAGAGCUAGACAGUGAGUCAUACGACCAUGACGAAGAAAUAUUAAAGAAAUACAAAUACACUAAGGAAACGUUGGAUAGAGUUAACAGAGAACAACAAUUGGUCAUUGAUCAAAACGAGUUUCUAAAAAAAAAUGUUAACGAACUUCAAAAUGAGGUUAAUGCUACCAACUUCAAGUUUUCCUUAUUCAAAGAAAAAUAUGCUAAAUUAGCAGAUAGUAUAACUGAGUUGAACACCUCCACAAAGAAAAGGGAGGCUAUGGGGGAGAAUUUGACUUUUGAAUGCAAUGAAUUGAAGGAGAUAUGCCUGAAGUAUAAAAAAAACAUUGAAAAUCUAACGAACACUAAUAAAAGUUUGCAAAGUUCAUUUAAGAAUGAAAGGAAGAAAGUUUUAGAUUUGAGAAAUGAGAGGAACUUGCUGAAAAAACAAAUACUGUUAAUCGAAUGCCACGGCUCAUACUCCUUACUUUUAGUAUCUAACAUCUUAACAUCUUACCGGUUCUUACUACCAAGCGAAACUAUUAUGGAAACUGAAACCUUGAUAAAGGAAUUGCUGAACAUGAACAAUUCCCUGUCGAAUCACGUAUGCUCCUCCGACCAGUCUCCUGCCGAGUUCUCAAAAAGGCUAGAAUCCAGAUGUAUAGAGUUCGAGGAAAAGCUUCUUUAUUUCUAUCAAGAAGUUGUGACAAGGAAAAUUAUUGAUAUUAUUUAUAAAUGCUUUAUCAGUUAUUACAAGAAAAGCAGGCAAAACGAACCGAAACCCAGCCAAAACUCUACCACGCCGUACAAGCAAAACCAAAGACAAGUUCCACACUCUAUCAAAUAA